AUGGAUAUCACUAGAAGACUUGAGAGAAUGAAACAAGAAAUAUGUCAGGUGGAAAACGAGAAGCUCCAACGAGAGCAAAUGCUGGGUGCGUUCUGGGAACAUAUGCCUGCUAUCGAUCCAAUUCUCAUACGAUCUCGUAUGCUUUUUAUCCAGAACGAAAUCCGCUAUCUCGAAAACAGGAAGAGGGCGCUGCUCGAAGAACAGCAAGAGCUCAUUGUGCGGGCUGUCGCCCUCGGUGACCGGGGGGAGACUAGAAUCAAUUUACAAGCGCUUAGCUCUUUCUUUUUUCGUGUUUUGUAA